AUGAGCCUCAAUCCCCAGGAAGCACCCCGAGAGGAUGGAUCAAAGGGUACAUCCAAGCCAACUCUACAGUCAAUUCAUCUUCCCUCAUCCUCAUCCUCAGUCCAGGAUGCCCUCCCCGCGCCACCCUCCAUCCUGCGACGAACACAAAACAAAAUUGCUGAGCCCGUUGUUGCUGCAUUCAUGGCAGGUGGCGUCGCUGGCGCCGUAUCUCGCACAAUCGUUUCACCAUUAGAACGUUUGAAAAUUUUACUUCAGGUCCAAAGCGUUGGCCGGGAAGAAUACAAAUUAUCUAUCUGGAAGGCUCUGGGGAAAAUGGGACGGGAAGAAGGUUGGAGAGGAUUCAUGCGUGGAAAUGGCGUGAACUGCAUUCGCAUUAUUCCGUAUUCAGCUGUUCAAUUUGGGAGUUAUAAUUUCUACAAGAGGUUCGCCGAGUCUCCCAAUGGUGACAUGUCUGCUUUCAGCCGCCUCGUGUGUGGUGGUAUUGCUGGUAUCACCUCUGUCACCGUGACAUACCCUCUUGACAUCGUUCGAACAAGACUUUCGAUCCAGUCAGCGUCAUUUGCCGAUCUUGGACCGCGAGAACAGUCUCGAAAAUUGCCUGGCAUGUGGACUACCAUGGUCACAAUUUAUAAGAAUGAAGGUGGUAUGACGGCGCUUUAUCGGGGUAUUGCCCCAACUGUUGCCGGUGUUGCUCCUUAUGUUGGUCUGAACUUCAUGACAUAUGAAGCUGUCCGCGAAUACCUAACUCCGGACGGUGAAAAGAACCCUAGCCCAUGGCGAAAACUUUUAGCAGGUGCUAUUUCCGGGGCUGUGGCCCAAACGUGCACAUAUCCCUUUGAUGUUCUACGUCGACGCUUUCAAAUCAACACCAUGUCCGGAAUGGGCUAUCAGUACAAAUCGAUCUUUGAUGCGGUGCGUGUCAUCGUGACCGAGGAAGGAAUGCGUGGACUUUUCAAAGGCAUUGGUCCCAACCUCCUCAAGGUGGCACCCAGCAUGGCGAGCAGCUGGCUCAGUUUCGAAUUGACACGGGAUUUCCUGGUCAGCCUGGGCGAUAGAGAUGAUUAG